AUAAGGAGUAUCAAUCAUAGUGCUGCUUGUUUGUAGGUGAAAAGGCAUUUAUUUAUUCCUCCAGUUUUUCAGGCUGUCUUCUCCCAGGUGUAGACACACACUAAUUGCAGGUACAGGCCUUCAAGCAGUUUGGCCCUCACCCCAAGUAUAGCCAGAGAGUAUCUCAAGUUACCCAGGGGUAAAGGCAGAUAGUUUUGUUGGCUUGAUCCUCUUUGAUCGUGGCUUCUGGAAGCUGUGUGGCAUGAUCUUACAAAAUAUGAAGAUAUCAGAGGUUUACAAUUCAAAGUCAAGUUUUGUCCCUGAUAAUCCUCUGGUGGGGCAAAAAUCCUUACCUCCUUUUUGUCCUCAUUCUCAAUACACAGCACAGCAAGCAACUGGAUUCCUUCUCUCUCGCUUCUCUAGUUCUUCAGAAAAAGGUAUUUUCUUCAGUUUUACAGUGGAAUGAAUACCUUUUGUUAGGAAAUUGUCAUGUGCUAUGUAAACUCACUGAAGCUGGCUCCAGAGGUGAGAUUUUCCCACAGACCCAAGCACGUAUGUCUCACAGUGUCCUCCAAACUCCCUGUUUUCCAUCCCUCUUUUCUCUACUUUGUAGCAGGAGAAAGGAGAACAGCAAAGCAGCACUGGGAUGAAAAGCACUGUGCCCUUGGAAACAGCUAAAAAGGCACUGUUUCCAAAAGAGGAUACUGUUGUUUAACCCAGGAUAUAAAAUGGCUGUGGUACCCAGAGCAAGAACUGACCUGCAUUUCUGUUCCCUUUGGAUUAGACUUCCUGGUACCAGAAAGCACCAUGCGAGAUUCCAGAGAUGGGAGACAACUCACAGUCCUUCCCAGCUCUGACACCUGUGAACCGCAUCAACCAGCAUGGCAUGACAACCCGGGUGCAGUUGUGGCAUGUGUGUGUACCUUGGACUAAAUUGGACUCAUUGGACUUAAGACCUGCUCAACAAGAGGGCAACCAUGCUUGAUACAGGAAACAAACCUAACUAUUCAGUGCUAGUGAGGUCAUGGUUAUUGGUAGAGAAUUUACAGCCACUAAUUUGCUAAACCAGCAUCAUCCCUAACAACAAUCUCUAAACAUUUGUCCUUAUGCCCACAGAUAAUUGUGGUCCUCACUGCUCAUCAAGGCAACUUUUCUUUGCAAUGUACGGAGACCACUACAGAAAAACACAAUCAAUCAAUAUGCAGAGUUGUAGAGGUCAGUCCCAAUGGAUGAGACUGAGAACAUGGGCAGAGAACAUGGGCAGAGAAGAGCCCAUGAGGCUUCAACCCCACAUAAAAAACUACAGAUAAGUGAAGCUACUAUCCCUCAUUUAAGACUCUUCUCUUUACAAAACAUGUGGAGACCAUCACAGAAACCACAACUGGACACAAUGCGGAAAUAAACCAGUGGGUCAAGGGGAGACCAGUACCAACGGAUACAUCUACAUCACAGCUGUGUCUCUGAACAGGAUGACAGGAUUCAGGAAGACGGCCCCAUAUUUGAUCCACGGAGCCCAACCUAUAUGAAAGACGUUAUCAAUCAUAUACCAAAAGCCUAUAAGGAUGGGAAUUACCUAUUUAUAGGUAUAAUAUUGACUAUCUACCAUAGGUUUGUGACCACCUGGGAGAUGCUGGACUUAAUUAUGGACACGUAUGGACCUUUGCAGCCAGACUGUAUGGAGGAUCAGGAAAAAAGGAAUGCCUUGUUAUCCUUCCUAUCAAUAUGGACGUCAAAACAACCCCAGGACUUCAGGUCUCCAAACCUUGCCGUGGCCAAGAGGCUCGUGAAAUAUCUAUGGCCCGAUGAGCCUGCAAAAGACUUCACUCUCCAAGGGGAGGCGCUGGAGGAGCAGGACUGUAAAAUGGGUGAGGAGGCCUGGGAUGAUGGACUCCUCAGGGAAGUUAAUACAGAGGCACCCAUGCAGGAUGCAUUAGGGAUGGUGGAGACUCUACAUGUGGGACCAACUUCUGUGGCAGAGCCCCGGGAAUUUCUGAAAACCCAAGAUGACACAGACCUGGCCCUUGGGGAACCAACCAUGCCAGAAGCUGGACCAGUACCACUUCAAACUUCAGACCAGCCUCUGCCCACUGAUGCACAGCCACCUCUAGAAGUGGCUGCAGAUGUUCCAGAUGCUGGGCGGCUCUUUCUAGUUUCUGUUGUGCAACUGGGUGCACCAGAGCCCUUUUUCCCUCUGCCUGAUGUUGACAUAGAUUGAGAUUGUUUAUUACCUGCCGAGUUCCACCCAGGACCAGCUGUCCUUCCCGUCUUUAGAGAAAGUAUCUCCUUUCGUUGUGUUUAAAACUUUUUAUUGUUGUUUUCAAAGUUAAUAUUAAUAUUGCCUUUAAUUAUAUUUCAUUAUUUUUCCUUGUUUUUUCAAUAUUAAUAUUUAUUAAUAAACAUUAAGUAUGCCUA